UCCACAGAGUCUUUUUUCAUUAAGGAAAAUGCUAAUUGCAGAUUUUGGAAAAGAGAAGUGGCAACAAAACCUUCAGGACCUAAAGUUCUUGUAGAUGGAAUGACAGCGUAUAUAGAUCCUAAAGGCUUUGAAUGCUCCGGAUAUAAACGUAGCAAGGAGUCUUAUACUUAUAGUUUUGGUGUACAAGAGAAGAACCUGUUAAAGGAUCUUGGAUUAUUUACACCAGAAUUUUUGCUAGAAGACCCGGACCUCUUAAAUCUCCAGUCUAAUACUUACCAGGCCAACUCUACGAAUCUG